AUGGAGCUCAGAGGACGCCGACGGCACGAUCAACAACGACUUUUAGUCGAGUUGGAGCAAAAUGACUCUCUGUAUCCGUGGGAAAAAGCAGAUGAAAGCAAGAGAAUAAACUCAACCAGAAACGCAAACCGUAGCCGACCGCUCAAUCCCAGCUAUGGCAACCAUGUCAGCACCGUAUCAACGCCACCUUAUCAGCCACGAGGAUUUCGAGACACAGCAACAAAGCCGCAUGCAGAGCGUCGGACGCAGCAGCUUGAUGUCAAACGCUUAAGCUCAAAGCAAUCGAAGAAAGAUGUAUUUGGAAUUAAUAGGGACUCAAAACUUCCGCGCUAUCAGCAGCAUUGUGCACAGCAAGCUGCUAGGUUGUCUUUGGCACAACCAUCGGCGGCUCAAGUUAUGAUCAAGGCGAUUCGACAAAACAUUGACUUACGUGAUCAAGUGAUGGCGCGAUUACAUCAGGGCCUGAUGGGAGAGCUGCCUCUGCAUCGGGUACCGCGCUUGGAGGAUAACUUACCGCGCUUGGGGGAUAACUUCCCGCGACAAAUUAUAACAUUGCUUAACAGGAUGCGCAGUCUGUCUCUGAGUUUGGUGGAGGCCGUCGUGUAUUUGAGCAGCGAAUUAAGCAACUUUGACGCGGAUACCUCCGAUUACGUACACGACACUUUACACAAAGAAUUUUACCCCUAUUUGCUACAAAUGGCGUCAUGUAAUACCAAGUCUCUCACGUGCUGCUCUCCCCAGCUACAGCAAUUAUUUGUAGACUUUCAGGCUAGCUUGACGCGAAACCCAUUUCUGGAUGGUUUGUCGCUGGACUCGUCCGAGAUAUUAUUGUGUUCUUGCCAUCAAAGCAUGUCGUCUAGUGGUUUAUUCUGCUCAGCUUCGUCUCUAACAUCGUCACGCUUGCGAUCUUUGACACAGAAACUUGCAUUUUUUGCACUUCAGACGCAACGAUACCUUCCAAGCUGGCAAAACUUACCAGCAGAGCGAGUGGUUGCGGCGUUGCUUCAUCUACUGGAUGUGGAAGCCUAUUUAACUGCCAACCCAAUUCUGCCAGGGUAUCUCAAUUCGCACAAUAGCCACGGAGAUUACUUGCAUCGUUCCACCCAGAUGGAGUACGGACAUGACGAUGGAGUUUUGGAAAAUGAAAGCAUACAACGGCGGUAUUCUCAUGUUCUACAUGAGGAAGGCGAUCAAUUUGCAAGCGGAAUACCCGUGAUAAAUGCUUGGGCUGGUUCACCAACAGCGAAAAUGUCAGGGCCGUCCGAAUAUAGUCCAUCAAAACUACGAGAAUCAAUGAAACAGUCGUCUUGGCGAGAAGAUGACUCAAAUCAAUUAAACAAGAAAGAUGUGAUGUCAUCUGCAAUUAGACUGCCGUUUCCUACACAAUUCAACAUUUCUGAUAAUACGGGCAAACACGAAGACAUCAAGUUAUUUGACGAAGGUGAAAGGAAGUCAAGUCUCGUAAAUCAAGCUCUGCUCUCUAAACGCACGAUAUAUGCGACGCAGGAGAACGAAACAGACAGAUCCUUUUCUUCAGCAUGGAUUCAACAAUCUCCCGGUCCUAACUUUGAUCGAAAAGAUUCACUCCGGAAUGGUUUUGCUACAUUCACGUCGACAGAAACUUCAACUGAUAGUCUUGAUCUGAAUCAAACUAGAGUGGUGUUGCCAUUACCCUCGCUAGAUUUGAAUACAAGUGCUAAAGUCACGUUGGAUCGAUCUGGUAUUCAAAAGAAUCUUAGUCGCAAAAAGACGGGAAACAUCGAUGCCGGUACUAAAAUGAGUCGAGCAAGCUCAUUAGAUGAGGAUAAAAUGGAGAGGUCAAAGAGCAUUACAGAGUAUGAUGAGUUUUGUCGUGCUCGCGAACGAAUUGAUGAGGAGACAAAGCUAUCCGUUUUGGUGAACAGACACGCAUUUUCGCCAGAAGUGAGACCUGCAACAAAAACAUUUAGGUCGAUAAAAGCUUUGGAUUCUAUUGAGCCUACUGACGCUUCAGCUGGAGAAAGUAACGCUGCUUUAUCAGUCAAUUACGGUACAGCGACAGAUUACGAGGACGGAUGUGGAUGCGACUUUGAGUACUCGUCUGACGCGGCAUUAUCCGGUAUUGCGAUGGUAUUGCAGAUGCUGCCGGAUUUUUCCCUCUUCACUUCAACGCCUUUGCCAGUUGUUGAAGAAGUGGAAUUCAAAAACGAUGUGCGAAAUAUUGAAGGCGAAAAUGGAAUGCUGUGCACAGCGAACGAGCAAAAAUUAGUUUUAAUCGACAGUGCUGUCAUGGAUAGCGCAUAUACUCCACCGUUGAUUGCUAACGUGGACCCAAUACCGACGUCCAGGACGCUUGCACCAAUCGUGAAUGGCGGCAUAUUAGGAAAUUGUGUAUAUGAAUUGGAAGAUGUCGAACAGAAAGCGGAUUUGCUCAAAUCAGAUAUCGACGAGUUCGCCUAUACGUCAGAAUCAGCAAUCUCGAACAUUGCUAUGGCCUUAAGUUUAUUGCCGAGUGUCUUGAAUCAUCAAGUUUGUUCCGUUUCAGCAAAGGAAGCAGACAUUCAGUCGAGGAUAGAUUCGUUCAAGAAUACCACGUAUCAAUCAAUAGAUACUAGACCAAUGCAACUUCAGCAAACGCCAAGAGUCGACGAAGCGGCAAAUGUAUCGAUUGAGUAUAACGCACAAAAGUACUCUUUUUCGCCUAGUCUACGCAGCAUCGGUGGAAAAAAUUCAGGUACUUCAUUCUGCAGCGAGACUUCUGCCGUCGACGACAGCGUUGCGGCAAAAACAUCGCCUGCUCCAUCAUAUAGCGCAAAUUUUGCUGCGUUGAGCUGCGUUGAUGCCGAAGCAUCCGACUUAAAACGCAUCUUUGCGCUUUGUCAAGACAUUCAGGUGACUGCGCUUGAUAUGAGUCGGUGGAUCUCUCAACAAGAAUUCGAGGAUAAUAUGCGUUCGCUGGCGCGGCCAUUUCUGUCGGUUACGAGUUACUCGUCACCGUGUAGGCCCUGUUCAGAUGAUGCUGUCAGAUUCUUAGAGUCCGAACUGAAGAUGCUGCGACGAAACUUGAUAUGCUGGAAAAAAUGGAUUGUUGAUCAUCAAAGUGCAAAGUCAACGGUUCGUAGAGUAGUGGCAACGCGAAAAGUCCAAACUUUUGUUCUUCUGCACCACAUUCGGCACGUUCAAAAUCAAGCUGAGAAGGAGAAUAAUCUUCGGUCUAAUCUUGCGUCGCGGAUACAGCGCAAUUGGAGAAUUAACAGGUACAACAGAGAUGUGUCGAAUCGUAAAGUUGCUUUUUGCGCUGUUAAUCUGGCGUUCCGCCGUGUUGUUUUCUUUGUUGGUAUAUCACGACGACGACGUCAACGUGAACACUGUAAGGAGAUAGUUGUGCGGUGGUGGAGACACGAACGGUCUCGUAUCAAAAAGAAGAAACUAAGGCGGGAAAAAGCGGUUAGAGAUCAGGACCGACGCGCAAGAGCUGAAAGGAACAUUUAUAACUUUUUAAAGGAAGUUUUACUUCGACGAAAGCUAAUAGCAACGCAGGAAUUGGCGAACAAGAGAUUUUUUGAAAAGAAACGUAAAUGGAAUAAUGCGAAGCGACAGAUGAAGAAGAAAUUGAAACUCGAUGGUAAACAUCGUAUUGAUCUUAUUGCCGAUUUGGAUGCACAAUUUGCAGAUCUCGCGCGCAAGUAUAAACAGUCUGAAUACGAGCGACAAGCCUUACUCACGCAUCAUGAACGCUUUGUAUGUCAACAGCAGCAAGCAGUCGAGAUACGACGUAGACGGCUUGCAGCACUCAAGAUCCAGAUGUUUUUUCGAGUUUCUGUUUUUCACGAAAAGCUCCUUCGAGUGGAAGCACAGAGAAAAAAGUACGUUGUUGAGCUUCAAAAAGAGCACUUAACGAAGGCCAGGCGGAAUUUUCAGAUUCAAAAGCAACACACAACAACUCGAACGCAGGUGCGCGUGUUGAAGCGAAAAAUUGAUCGAAUGACUCAAAAUGCCAUUUAUACUGACACACAACACAACCACGUCGUUCAAAAUUAUCGCGAGCAAGAAAGAAUUACUCGUGAGCAUGUCGCUCGACAGAAGGUGAAAGGUUUUCUAGUCUAUCGGAUGGUUGUACGAAGAGCAAACCGCGAAUGCCAAAUGCUCUUGCGUGAUCAAGCACAGUUACGAGCAGAAGUGGCUGAGAUUGAUGUUAUGCUUUGUGAAGAUCAGCGGGAGCAGCAGAGAGCAGCGUUUUUGAUUGUGUCAGAGCUAAAGCAACGCUUGCUUGAAAUCGAAGUGCGACUAGAGAUUUUGCAAACUCAACUGGCUGCAGAGAAGGAGGAGGCAGCUCGGCAAGCAACAAAAGCUCCAGAGCACAGCAAACUUCAAGCCUUUAUGCAUCAGAUAUUGUCGUGGGGGGCCACGCACCUUCAGCUUACCGAGCUGCGGAAGGAAAUUGACGCAGUAAGAGUGCUAGCAGCGGUUGAAAUGGCUGAAGAGAAAAAGAAACAGCGUGAAGAGAUUGACGCGAAGAUACGAGAAAUUACCUCAAUCAAGGCGACAAGCGUCAUCCAGCGGUACACUGGUCAGAAACGGACUUUCAAAACAGCUGAAAUGAUGCGAACACAGCUCGAGCACGAAACAUUGAAGCAACAAGCUAUUGCCGAGCGCAGUCGAGCACAGGUCGUGCAACUCAUUCUCGAUGUCAAAUUACUGACAGAGCGCGAGACUAUCAGUGGUAUUACACAAGGCCUACACGGCAUGAUGCAGGUGUGCAAGAUGCAAGCUCACAAAUUUUUCACACUAAAGCAGCUUCAAAAUGACCAUUUCGCACGCAUUAUUCAACGAGUCUGGCGACGACGUCAGCACAAGCAUAAAUGGCAAGAAACAGCUUUGGUGAGCAUAAAUGAAAAUAAGCGAAAACAAAAUUUUGUUCAUAAGAUCCAGGUCGGGUGGCUCAAGUCCUUUCAAGUGCGACGCAGACGGCGUGACCAGCAACUUGUUUUCGAUGCGCACUUGGACAAAACUUGUAUUCAAACCCAUGUCCGCAAAAUUCAGUGCACAUGGCAAUGUCGGGCUCAGCGUAAGGGAGAGCAACGGCGCAUUUCGAUACAAAAUCCGGAGUUUAUUUACCAGGAAACAAGCGUUCGAAAAAUUCAAAAGAUUUGGAAGCAAUACUAUCAAUACGGGCUGGCACGAAGACACGUUAAGCGGCUGGCGCAUGACGCGCUGAUAAAAUUAAUUUGCUUACAUGCCAACGCACGUAAGAUCCAGAGAACGCUGAGACGUUGGGCUCAAUCUGAGCUGAAACAAAGUCAGCAGCAGCAGCCGGCGCGUGAAGAGCGCACCGAAUUAAUAAUUUAUCGAUUUAGUUUGAGCGAGAUUCAGCAGAGAUGGGGAUGUUGGAUGGACAUCACAAAAAAGCACGAAGAACGCCAUGUUGCUCAUCAUUGUGUGUAUAUAAAUGUUGUGCGCCUUCAGCGGUGGUGGCGAAGAGUGCGGCAGAAUUCGAGGGCAAAAGCUACAAAGGACCGUAUCGUGCGGAAUGCUUGUGCUCAAGUUAUAAAAAAAAAGUGGAGACAUUGGCAUCGUAUGCGAGUAGCUCAAUGCGAAGCACGAAGGCAGUACGAAAUGGAAAAUCUUGAAACUAUAUCCAGCAAACGGAUACAAAACGUCUGGAGACGAUGGCAUAAAAUGAAUGUCGAACGGAAACAAAAAGUGAAUAAUGAGUAUAUAUUCGCGACUAUGUUGCAGCAGAAAAGUUCCGAAGAAUUCGCUCUUCGAAAUAGAGAGGGAGUUGAGCGUAAACAAAGUAUCCAAGAGCUGCGGGUACAGAAGUCAGGACUUCGAAGGCACCUUGCUGAAGAAGCAAGACGAUCUAAGCAGCGGGCUAUAGAAAAUUGGCGUGUUAGCUCCGCUUUGUUGCUCCAGCGAAAAUGGAAGAUAGCGCAUCACAAACGAAUACAGGAGGAGCAAAUCGCCAACGAAAAUGAAGAGCAGCUACGUCAGCGCAGUGCUAUUAAUAUUCAAACGUUUUGGCGUAAGAAGCAGGUGCAGAUGAAAGUACAACUUCGGAUUGAACGUUUGAAAGACCUUCACGACACAAGAUUAGUAGCAAACCAGCGGAAUUGGAGCAGCCGGCACUACGGAAAUGAAAUGGAACGUCAGAAGAUUCAGCACAGACAAGUCACAGCUGUGCUAGUAAUUCAAACGAUGUGGCUCAAGUGGCAUCGUGUAUUGAAGAAAGGCAUCGAGCGGGGACUUUUUCGAAUGGAACGAGACAAAAUUUCCAUCCAGAUUCAACGAAAUUGGGAAGUAUCACAACAGCGACGAAAAAUGGUUAGAGAACAUCCUCGCAAUCGGGAAAAUUUUAAUGCAUUGAUAAUUCAGAAGAACUGGAGGUGGUUGCGGUACCGUUACUUUGAGCGACCAAGCAAGAUUAACAAUAUGGCAUCACAAAAAGUAAGAAGUGGUGUGGAAGCAGAGCUAAAGGCUGUACAAGAUGAUCAAUCAUAUCACGUAAAGUUAAGUAUCAAGGAAGUCCUUGGUCAACGUAUUGUUCGAGCAGCCAAGAGGUAUUUAAAGAAUCAACGGGAAAUCAAAGCUGCAACUAAGAUCAAGACAGUGUGGAAGAAAAAAGUGUGUCGAAGCCAGUAUAUGCAGCUGCUUGAGGAAAAACAUGCAGAAGAAGCUCGCCAGUAUCAAUUAAAGCUAUCAGUCGUUGCAGCUAAAGUACAAGCAUGUUGGCAACAAUGGCAUGGUGGGCUCCGUCAUGCAAAGCGAGCAGCUGUGAAAAACGAAGAGCUUCACCUGAUUCACGAGGCGAAAGCUUUGGAGCGAAAGCUGGCCGCGGCAAAACGCACGCUGGCUGCAAAACGAAUACAAAGAUCUUUGGCUUCUCGGAAGCGUUUGACUGUCUCUAAAGGUGUCUCCUCCAGCGAAAUCGCAGGCAACUUCGAUCCAUCUAAAGACAAAGAGGAUAUAGAGGCAUUGAAAGAGCCAGUCUUCGAGCUCACAGAAGGAACAGUGGAUCAGUCACAGAUGGAAUGCGAAAGUGAUGAUGAAGCGCUCAACGUUUUAAAGAAGGAUAUAGCUCGUACGACUAUCACGUGGAUCGUCGAAGACUGGAGCCACCGCCACCUGCCGCACAUACUAUCGCGUAGUGUGAAUCAGAUAUAUUUUUGUCACGAGGCUGCAAUUGUGCUUCAAAAGUGUUUUCGAAGCUAUCAAAGACGUCAACAGCUCCAAAUUUAUUUUCAGCAUGAAUGCGCUCGUGCGUGGCUCGCUUGGGACGUUCCUCAGUCAUCCAGUGCCGUAUUUUGUAAUGGAGGACACUUUGCUCUUUUGCGUCUUCGUUUCGACUCGCAGCUGACACUCUGCUUGGAAGAUAAUGACAAUCCGAAGCAGGGAUUGCGCUACCACGUUGUUGGAGAACUGGAACUUCCCCAGUUUGUUCUUCAGCUUCAACAGAUGGAACACGAUUUUGUUCGGAAUCAGCAUCUCAUGAACAUCGCUAUAGAUUCUAAAUUAUCGUCGCUUUCAUCAUCGAACUCAAAAUUGAUGACUUUGAUGGCACCAUCGCCCUCGUCGCAGAGCGCAAAGGAGAAAGUAACAAUUUUUGAUGUGAUUAAAAUUGCAUCCGUAGAAGAUGCAUUGUGUCUACAGCAAAAUGGAGUAGAUAUGUGGACACUUGAGGUGAAGACGCAGCGCAAUGCUUUGCAUUUGCUGUCGUUUUCAAAAGGGAGUGAUUCUUCUCGCUUGAAGCUGCUGGAUUUUCUACUUAACUGUGCUGGUCUCAUUAAUGUUAACGCUUUGGAUUGCAACGGUGAUACACCAUUGAUGUUAUAUGCGUCACAUGGGCAUCUCGGUUUGAUGCAAAAACUGCUACGAAACGGAGCUAAUGUACACGUUACCAACAAAAGCGGCCAAAACUUGCUGCAUCAAGCCUGCGAGAACGACCAAGUUGAAAUCUGUGGAUUCUUGCAUCAACUUAUGCUUAAAGACUCGAUUGCAGCGAAUCUGCCGACAGCAAACACGAUUUCACUGUCGGUAUUAACGGCUCAAUCACUCCACACUCCGGAUAAAACCGGGCGUUUUCCUUUGCAUUAUCUUGUUGAGAAGGGAUUUGUCGAAUGCGCGAAGCAACUAAUGGUCCAUAUAGAAGCUCAUCGCGAUUGGAACCGCAUGCUACAAGCUCAGAGAAAUUCAGACGGUCGAACGGCGUUGCACCUUGCUGUUCGAACGCAUAAUGUAGCCAUGACAGCGCACCUGCUGACUAUUGACGGUGAUACCGAUGUCAAUACGUACGAUUACUUGCAUCGAUCGCCGCUACACUAUGCGGUCGAAUCACCUGCUGCGCUAUCGCAAAUUUCUCAUUUGAUACAACGCGGAGCAAUUGUAAAUGUAGCGGACGAAAGAGGCGACACGCCGCUACACUGGGCGGCGUUUUCUGGCCGUUUAGCUGUGACGCAGAAGUUGCUGUCGCUUGGUGCAGAUUCAACACUGACCAAUAGCGACUGGGAGACUCCCGCUCAAAUUGCUGCAGCCUUUGGCCAGCUGGAUUGCAUGCAACUGAUCCUUCGAGCUCAACAAGAGUUGAGCGCUGAUACGGCAAGUGAUCAAAUGCUGCAACAGAUCAAGCUUUCACCUAAUGACGAUUUUGGUUUGCUGGAAGUAGAGGAACCUGCCAGCAACCUUUAUCGACAAGCCUCAACUCGAUCUUCUGCCUAUAACGAUGAUGAUGCUGCUGCUAAAAAAAAAUUCAGUGCAGACCAGGCUUAUGAACGUUACUGGGAAGAACUGCAUCAAGAUGUUCAACUUGUCGAAGAAAGUGGGCAGUUUUCAUCGGAUGACGAACCGGAGUCUAGUUCGAUUGCUUAG